UUUGUGGAUAAAAAGUGGUGUGCUUGCAAUUCAUUUUCAGAACCAUGAGGAUCCUCUUCAGAGUCCAGAGCCGCAGUAGAUGGUCCCUUGUCAUUGGCACUGCGUUGUUGAUUGGCGUCCUCAGACUAUUGCACGUGAACCACACAGAUGGGCGCCGGAACACUUCUCCCUCUGCCAUACCACCACAGUCACAGUCCGAUGUGGAUGUCUUCAAGUGCUCCCGGAAUGACAACGUGAACAUUUCAUCCUCUAUUCCACCUACCCACCGCAACUUCCUCGUGUACAAACACUGCAGGACAUUUUCCCGCCUGCUGUCUCCGACACCCUGUCAGAAUGACCUCUUUCUCCUGCUGGCCGUUAAGUCCACAGCCAUCCAGGUUGAUCGCAGGUCUGCACUUCGGAACACAUGGGGGAAGAAGGGAUAUGUUCAGGGUAAGAAGGUGAAACUAUUGUUCCUAGUAGGUAAGUCUUCAGACACAAUACAGGGUUACCCGCUGCAGCAGGUACUGGAGUGGGAGAGCAGACAGUUUGGGGACAUCCUGCAGUGGGAUUUUGGCGACAGUUUUUUCAACCUGACCCUAAAGGAGAUCCACUUCCUCAAAUGGUUCCGCCUGGAGUGCCGCUGGGCACACUAUGUGUUCAAAGGGGACGAUGAUGUUUUUGUUCACACCAGCAAUCUGGUGGAAUAUGUUAAGGACAACAAGCCCGCCGAGCAACUGUAUGCUGGGAACAUCAUGUCUGGCUAUCCAGUCCGGGACAAACAAAGUAAAUAUUUCAUACCAGUGGAGAUGUACCCCAACAAGCCAUAUCCUCUAUACGCUGGGGGUGGGGGCUACCUGAUGUCAAAUCAGACUGUGCUGAGUCUGGAAGUGGCAGCGUCCAGCAUUGACCUGUUCCCCAUUGAUGAUGUCUUUGUGGGCUUGUGCCUGCAGAAGAUGAACAUCACGCUGACGCACCACUCUGGCUUCAAGACCUUUGGGCUCAAACAGGGGGUGACACACUUCAACCCCUGCAUUUACAGGGAGCUCAUGGUUGUGCACAAACUGAAUCCCACAGAGAUGUGGACAAUGUGGUCUCUACAGCAGGACCCAAAGCUGCAAUGCUUUAGAUCAAAGACGUGAGACAUCUGGCAUUGUGUAUAUAUCAUGCUGUGCUUAUCUGUCUCGCUACCUUAAAUUGAGAAUUCCUUUCAUAGAUAAAUUAUCCUUAGGAAUGGUCAAAAAUGGCAUACUUUCCUUUACCCAAACCAAUAUUUGAAUGUAUUCUGACAUUUGGCUUCCCUUAUCCUCUAUGUUCAGAUCAGCACAGACAGUGUAAGAUUCAUUUAAGAAUACUGAGAUGCAUCUAGUGCCAUUUGACACUUCCGAUGAGGACGUUUGUAGAAUGUUUCUAGGAUUCUAUAAGGUUGGAAAAUAGAUAUUGGAUGGGAAACUUUAAAAACAGGUAGAGUGGGUUACAGAGGUAUUGUUGGGAAACAUUAAAAACAGGUAGAGUGGGUUACAGAGGUAUUGUUGGGAAACAUUAAAAACAGGUAGAGUGGGUUACAGAGGUAUUGUUGGGAAACUUUAAAAACAGGUAGAGUGGGUUACAGAGGUAUUGUUGGGAAACAUUAAAAACAGGUAGAGUGGGUUACAGAGGUAUUGUUGGGAAACUUUAAAAACAGGUAGAGUGGGUUACAGAGGUAUUGUUGGGAAACAUUAAAAACAGGUAGAGUGGGUUACAGAGGUAUUGUUGGGAAACAUUAAAAACAGGUAGAGUGGGUUACAGAGGUAUUGUUGGGAAACAUUAAAAACAGGUAGAGUGGGUUACAGAGGUAUUGUUGGGAAACUUUAAAAACAGGUAGAGUGGGUUACAGAGGUAUUGUUGGGAAACAUUAAAAACAGGUAGAGUGGGUUACAGAGGUAUUGUUGGGAAACUUUAAAAACAGGUAGAGUGGGUUACAGAGGUAUUGUUGGGAAACAUUAAAAACAGGUAGAGUGGGUUACAGAGGUAUUGUUGGGAAACUUUAAAAACAGGUAGAGUGGGUUACAGAGGUAUUGUUGGGAAACAUUAAAAACAGGUAGAGUGGGUUACAGAGGUAUUGUUGGGAAACAUUAAAAACAGGUAGAGUGGGUUACAGAGGUAUUGUUGGGAAACAUUAAAAACAGGUAGAGUGGGUUACAGAGGUAUUGUUGGGAAACAUUAAAAACAGGUAGAGUGGGUUACAGAGGUAUUGUUGGGAAACAUUAAAAACAGGUAGAGUGGGUUACAGAGGUAUUGUUGGGAAACAUUAAAAACAGGUAGAGUGGGUUACAGAGGUAUUUUUGGGAAACAUUAAAAACAGGUAGAGUGGGUUACAGAGGUAUUGUUGGGAAACAUUAAAAACAGGUAGAGUGGGUUACAGAGGUAUUGUUGGGAAACAUUAAAAACAGGUAGAGUGGGUUACAGAGGUAUUGUUGGGAAACAUUAAAAACAGGUAGAGUGGGUUACAGAGGUAUUGUUGGGAAACAUUAAAAACAGGCAGAGUGGGUUACAGGGGUAUUGUUGGGAAACAUUAAAGCAGGACUGAACUCGGGAACUGACUUCUCUCGACGUAUGUGACAUCGAUAUGAAUCAGAAACCUUUUUUCCAGUACCAAAAUUGACUAAAAAAUGCAAGUAGAUUAAUUUUGACCGUAAAGUCAGUAUCUUCCUAAAUAGAGGCAUAUGGCUAUGUAAUAGAAUAAGUGGUAUAUUAAUACGUCUUUUGGUAGCUUCCAAAAUAUUUUUUAGAAUGGUGGAGGAGUGCCAAGAUCAGAGUAUAUGAGCGAGUUGAGUGGAAGGAACAAAAAUGAAUAAUUUAGCCUAUUUUAUUAGCCUUUUAUUUCAAGGCUAUAUAGUCUACAAAUAAAUAAAUGAUGAAGUAUUUGCAAGUCCAACAGUCUAGACUGGCAGGAACAUUAAGCGCCCAGCAUUUAAACAACAUUUUGUUGUAUUAAAUCAUUUGAGUCUAUAAAUUGCGCAUACAGGCUGUGAUUUACUUAUAAUUAAAUAAAAAUGAAAUGAAAAAUUCCUUAUUCCUUAAAUGCCUUUGAAUUCACUUUAGAAAACACAAGUUUGGCCAGAGUCGGUGGCUUCAGCCUCAUGAGAUGGUACCUAGAGAGCAGGCCAGCAGUGGAGUAUACACUCUAUCGAUGCACUUGUAGAGCCACUGGGGAUGCUGAACACACUUUGGGCAUAGCCACGGGACAUAGGGGCGCUGAGGACACUGCAGCGCCCUCUGAAAAAACAAAUACAGGAGUGGUAAAGGCACAGUGCACUACUUUGUGGGAAAAAAACAAUACAAACAAUAAUAAUACAAAUACAUUUUUAUAUUGUGAUUUAUUUCACAAAAGUAGUGCACUGGGCCUUUACUACUCCUAUAUUAGGACUGCAGCGCAGGGAUACUUUUUUUUCUCUCAAAGCAGCACCCCCAAACAUCUUCCUGCAGCUAUGCCUUCAGGACAGUGGCCAGGCUGGGCAGGAGUGCAAAGUUGUUUUUUUUCUAUUGGCAGGCCCAAAGGUUUUUAGGCAAAAUAACCAUAUCAAAACGGAAGACUCCAUGAAAGAUGUAAUAUGUCAAGAUCAAUGAUUGCCUAUUGUAUAGAUAAAAGAACAAAACAUUUAAGAGUUCUGAUUCGUUGCUUAUAAUUACUUUGCUCCAAUGACACACUUACCUAGCUACCCACCUCAUUUCUUUCUGAUAGCAUACAUACACACUGUAAUUUGAAAUGUCUUUGAAAGGUUAAUUUCACACGAGCACAUGUUUUGAAACACAUAAUAUAUAUAUUUUUUUUUUUUAAAUGUAUUUUCUAUUUUUGUUACAGAUAUUUGACAUUCAAAAAGUUAUGUACAGAAACUCAUCAGCGUCAUUUAAAGGUGCAAACUUUGAAAGGCAAAAAAAGAGAAUGCUAGCAGACAGAGCAUGUAAGACAGAGCACAAGAAGGCCACGCCACGACGAUGAAGGGAAAAUUGAUACAAGAAAGCAUCAAUGCUUAAAUGUAGAACUAUUUCCAUUGCCGCCUGACAAGAAAAGCCAAACACGAUAGUUUCUUGACACUUGGGGCUCUAUUCAAUCCGUGUUCAAUGUUACAGCGUGAUUGAAAGUUAAAGGCAAUGUUUCCACAUUAGCGGAGACUACGUUCCCGGUAAACGCUGCAUAACCGGCCCAAUCGUAAAUGACCUUUUACCUUUCUGUGGCACAAUCUGUAACGCUUCAGCGACUAGAUUUGGAUUGAAAUUAACCACCACACCUCUGCUUAAUUUCUUGCAAUGGUUAACUGAGCUUGAACUGCUGGGCUUCUAGUAAAAAAUAAUAAUAAUAAUAAACAAUAUGGGAUUAAAUUGCUUGGAUGGACAGAUUCAAUGUAACUGUUAGAUUCUUAAAAUGAUAUGGGGGCAUUUCGAGGUAGGAGGGAACAACAGCAGCACGGGUUGUCCCUUCUGCUGGCCACUGACCUCCUUCUUGCUGCGGUUCUCUUCCUGUAAACCCACCAGGGACUUCACAGAAGCAUAUUGCUUCAGCUCCUCAAUAACCCUUUACACUCGUGGGUAUUGGCCUAUAUGGAUAGGGAUACAUUGAAAUGUUUCUUAGAGAGAAAAUAUGAAAAUGAUAUGCAUAACCAUGGUAGCAAUUGGGAUGGGAACAGUUUUGAGAUAAUGGGAAAAUGAUUAGACCAAAGGUGAGUACACAACACUUCAAUUCAAAUCUAUAAAUAAAUAUAUAUAUAACAAAUAAUUAAGGAGCAACAAUAAAAUAACAAUAGCGAGGCUAUAUACAGGGGUUACCGGUACAGAGUCAAUGUGCGGGGGCACAGGUUAGUUGAGGUAAUAUGUACAUGUAGGUAGAGGUAAAGUGACUAUAUGCAUGGAUAAUAAACAGAAAUUAGCAGCAGCUUAAAAAUGGGGGGUGGGGUGGGGACAAUGCAAAUAGUCCGGGUAGCCAUUUGAUUAGCUGUUCAAGAGUCUUAUGGCUUGAGGGUACAAGCUGUUAAGAAGCCAUUUUGACCUAGAAUUCUGUACCGCUUGCUGUGUGGUAGCAGAGAGAACAGUCUAUGACUAGGGUGGCUGGAGUCCUUGGCAAUUAUUUGGGCCUUUCUCUGACACCGCCUGGUAUAAGCAUUUUGCUUCACCCGCAAUAACAACUGCUAAACACGUGUAUGUGACCAAUACAUUGUAUUUGAUUUGAGGUCCUGGAUGGCAGGAAGCUUGGUCCCAGUGAUGUACUGGGCUAUAUUCACUACCCUCUGUAGUGCCUUGCUGUCGGAGGCCGAUCAGUUGUCAUACUAGGCGAUGAUGCAACCAGUCAGGAUGCUCUCGAUGGUGCAGCUGUAUAACUUUUUGAGGAUCUGAGGUCCCAUACCAAAUCUUUUCAUUCUCUUGAGGGGGAAUAGGCGAUGUCGUGCCCUCUUCACAACUGUCUUGGUGUGUUUGGACCAUGACAGUUUGUUGGUGAUGUAGAUACCAAGGAAAUUGAAGCUCUCAACCUGUUCCACUACAGCCCCGUCGAUGAGAAUGGGGGCGGGCUCAGUCCUCCUUUUCCUGUAGUCCACAAUCAUCUCCUUUGUCUUGAUCACAUUGAGGGAAAGGUUGUUAUCCUGGCAUCACACGGCCAGUCUCUGACCUCCUCCCUAUAGGCUGUCUCAUUGUUGUCGGUGAUCAGGCUUACCACUGUUGUGGCAUCUGCAUAUUUAAUGAUGGUGUUGGAGUCGUGCUUUGCCAUGCAGUCAUGAGUGAACAGGGACUAAGCAUGCACCCUGAGGGGCCCCUGUUUUGAGGAUCAGCGUGGCAGAUGUGUUGUUAUCUAACCUUACCACCUGGGGGCGGCGGCCCCUCAGGAAGUCCAGGAUCCAGUUGCAGAGGGAGGUGUUUAGUCCCAGGGUCCUUAGCUUAGUGAUGAGCUUUGAGGGCAACUGACACAAGACCAAAUCCAAAAUUACACUGUUGAUAGUAUGUGCAUUUUACAUUUACUGUACUGUUCAGUUGCAUUUGUUGAUAACGAAAUCUGAAAAUAUUCUGGCUACAUUCAGUAGCAUGAUAAGACUAUUCCUGUAAAAUGUGGGGUAGGUGCAACAUAAGACAAAACCAUUACAAGGGUUUGAGUGAGAGGACUAACUGGUGUUUCCAAGUGACGUCUUUCAAAAGACAUAGAGUCAUCUUAAUUUACAGCAUUUCCCUCACUCAGACAACAACAACAAAAAAUACUAAAGUUGUCCAAUACCAGGAGGGAUGAGGGCAAUUUCUUGUUGCGUGGUGCUGAAGUUCAGAACAACUGUCAAUCAAAAGCCAUACAGCGCUGUGAUGCGCAGAGCCAGAGCACUAAUAUCAUGUAUUAGUGCCCAAAUGUGUCAUUUUCAACCCGUAUAUGGGUACGAGUGAAAAGGGCUACAUACAAACAAAUUACUAUGAACACAUAGCUAAAUGAUUACAAGAAUACAAAGACCAAUGGGAAAGGGAAAUAGGUAGCCUCCACUCUGCUAGCUGCUAGGAUUUGCAUGUCAAUUAACAGAUAUAAUUAAUCUCGCUGUCUAGCUAGCAACUGGCAGUACACCAGCACUUUUGUUUGCUCACAAAUAAAACAGCAGAAAAUGUACUUUCGUUUUGCAUCAUUAUUCGUGGCCAAAGGUUUAAAUUGAGAAAUAAAUUAAAGGAAUGAAAGUUGACAUAUAAAAUGUUCGAUGGAGACAUGUUGGCUGG